UUUUACUCCAAACCACCAUUAUUUUCAGAGCCUUAUCUCUCUCUUUUCCCUUUCCAUUCCUAUUGGAGAUAAGAUUCCUGGUAUCUGUUUGGCAGUUUACAAUCACAUAUUCUCUUUUUGUACAUUUGUGCUUAGAAGUUACAAAAUCGGCUACUUUGCGUGUAAACUUCUGCGUUUGCUCGUCGAUGGCGUGGGUGAAUAUCAGAUCGCUUUGUUCUUUUUGGAAUUUCCGGGGUAUCUUUCAGCGGCGCCGAAUGGGAGGAGAGGUGGCGCUUGGGGAAUCGGCAUACACUAUUAAAUCUCAUGGUGCCUCUCUUGCUAGGAAUCACAGUAAUGAUUGGAUCAUUUUGGUUCUUCUUGCAGUGAUAGAAGUCAUUCUAAAUGUCAUUCGCCCAUUUCACCGCUUUGUGGGGAAGGAUAUGAUGACUGAUCUCAAGUAUCCCUUGAAAGACAACUCAGUUCCUGUAUGGGCUGUUCCCAUGUAUGCAGUUUUGUUGCCUAUUGCCAUUUUCGUUCUCUUCUAUCUGUGUAGGAGCAAGGGAGAUGUCUAUGAUUUGCACCACAGCACUCUUGGCCUGCUAUUUUCUGUGCUAAUUACUGGGGUUAUUACGGAUGCAAUAAAAGAUGGGGUUGGUCGGCCUCGACCAGACUUUUUUUAUCGUUGUUUUCCUGAUGGAAAGGAUUUUUAUGAUCAAUUGGGACAAGUAUUAUGUCAUGGUAAAGACAGUGUUAUAAGGGAAGGACACAAAAGUUUCCCAAGCGGCCAUACUUCAUGGUCCUUUGCAGGUUUGGGUUUUCUGUCAUUAUACCUGUCUGGAAAAGUGAAAGUAUUUGAUCGGCGAGGGCAUGUGGCUAAAUUAUGCAUUGUUUUUCUUCCGCUGCUCGUUGCGUCCCUUGUUGGCGUCUCACGUGUUAAUGACUACUGGCACCAUUGGCAAGAUGUUUUCGCUGGAGCCAUUCUAGGGCUAGUUGUGGCAACGUUUUGCUAUAGGCAAUUCUUCCCAAACCCUUAUGAUGAUAAUGGUUGGGGCCCUUAUGCAUAUUUCAAUGCUUUGGAUGAGGUGUCACGUGCCUCUACAAACUCGGACCAAGUUACGAAUGCAGGUAAUGUGCAGGCCACAGGGAUUCAACAAUCAAGACAAGGUGGUGACGUGGCAUUAUCUAUAGGCAGCGAUCUAAUCUCAGCACAGGAUCGAAUGGAAUCAGGGAAGAGGUGAUAUCUUCAAUGUCUUUGUGCUCCAUGCUGAUCCACGUCCCCCCAACUUAUUUGUGUGUAUAUGUAAAUGGCAAUUUCCUGUCUCAACUGAACUUUAGUUUUAGAAAUACAGAGUGAAAUUUGAUUAUUGUUCCUGAUUAA